AUGAUUACACCAGGAAUCUCUUUCCUUAGUCGCAUAGUCGCAUCGACAAGCUCUAUAUGCUUUGGCACUGUCUUCUUAGCGCGCUUGGCGACAAAGUCGGGUAUAUCCUUGCCACCAUGGAUUUUGCUACUGGGUGCGACCAGUAGUUUACCCAUCGGGUUUGCAUUGCGCAUUCUGUACGUCGGCAUUAUGCGCCGCCGACAAGCUGCAAGGAUGGGUGCCUGCCUUGCGUCCCCUCUUAGGGGCAAACGAUUCGGUAAUCUCGACAUCAUGCUCGCACUGGUCCAUCAAUUCAACAACGGUUAUCCUGGUGAUGGAAUGGCAGAGAUCGUUGCAGAGACAGGAACGUGCUUUAACUUUCGUGUCAUGUUCGAGGACGCCAUAUUUACCGUGGAACCCAGCCACAUCAAGACCAUCUUAGUAUCCGAUUUUGAAAACUACGUCAAAGGGGAUAAGUUUAAGAAUUCGAUGUCAAGUGUCCUCGGAACGGGUGUCUUCAAUUCUGACGGUGAAAUGUGGAAAUUCCAUCGUUCUAUGACAAGGCCUUUCUUCAGCCAUGACCGAAUAAGUCACUUCAAUAUCUUUGAUCUUCAUGCAGAAAACGCCAUUUCCCAGCUGAAAGCACGUUUCCGUUCUGGAUAUCCCGUCGACGUCCAGGACUUGAUGUCACGUUUCACGCUUGACUCCGCCACGGAAUUUUUAUUCGGAAAUUGCGUGCAUAGUCUUUCCGCAGGACUACCUUACCCGCAUAACAUUGCAACAACGGAAGCCCUUUCUAAGAAAGCAAAGAUAGCUGAAGACUUUGCUCAGGCGUUUGCCGAUGCACAGACAAUUAUUGCCCAGCGUCCCCUCAAAGCACCUAUGCGAACCGUGAACUCGUUCAUUGAUCCGAUUUUGAAAGAGGCUAUUGCCAAGAAGCAGUCGCAUGCCAGUGGAGAAAAGAAUCUUGAUAACGAAGAUGCGACAUUACUGGACUAUCUUGUACAGACGACUGACAGAGACGAGAUCCUGAACAUCCUGAUCGCCGGAAGGGACACGACUGCUGGGACGCUUACUGUUGCCCUGUAUUUGCUUUCCACGCACCCGCAUGUGAUGACCCGCCUGAGAGAGGAGAUCAUGACAAAGGUUGGACCUACUGACAGGCCGACUUACGAUCACAUCCGUGAUAUGAAGUACCUUCGUGCUGUUAUUAAUGAAACUAUGAGGCUUUUUUCUCCUGUACCUUUCAAUGUUCGCGAAAGUGUCAACGCAUCCACUCUACCUGCAACCGGUCAAUUGAAUAAGCCAAUAUAUGUCCCCCCAAAGACAAGGUACAGUAGUGGUUUUCUCUCAGAAUUUCCAAAAAAAGAUCUUUGGGGCCCUGAUGCUGAUGAGUUCGAUCCGGACCGCUUCCUCGAUGAACGGCUGCAUAAAUAUCUUACGCCUAAACCUUUCAUCUUCCUCCCCUUCAACGCCGGCCCCCGCAUCUGCCUUGGACAACAGUUUGCUUACAACGAGAUGUCAUUCAUGCUCAUCCGCCUCCUCCAAUCCUUCUCUUCUCUCACUCUCCACCCCGAAGCGCAACCCCCAGGCACUCUUCCGCCCGCUGACUGGGCUCAAGCAGAAGGUCGUAAAUCGCGCGAACAGUUCUGGCCGAAAGUACAUUUGACGAUCUAUGCUCAUGGCGGCCUAUGGGUUCGCAUGACUGAAGCUGAGAAGGCUGAUUGA